AUGGAAAUCCUGGAUACACGUGAACGACUUGAAGAAGCAACUAGUGAUGAAGAGGCAAAAAUAAUUCAGAAUGAAAGCGAAGCUAGGAUAGAGAGAAUUAUUAAAAAAUUAUCCAUUGCAUUCAAAUCCAAGGAUUUGUCUAGAGCAAAAGAACUAACCGUGAAACUUCAGUAUUGGUAUAAUAUUCGUAAGGCAGCUGUUGAAUGGUUUCCGGGAAAAAGGGCUGAAAUUCAGCAUUGA